AUGCCCGCAUCCCGUCCUCAGCAGCAGCCGAACGACAAGCAAGCCAAGACGACCACCACCAAGAACCAGCACCAACAGAGCCAAGAGGCCAUUGUCUCCAGUCCGUUCAACAGCCCCGCUAUUUCACACGUCGAUCGAUUCGUAUCAUCACCACCCCCCGCCCCAGCAUCUUCAUCAGCAGCCCGUCCUCGUGUUCCUCCUCCUCUAAUCUCCCGAGGCAGCAACAGCAGCAGCAGCAGCAGUAACAGGAGCCAUGCUACCGAUAUCAGCUACAGUAACAAUAAUGUCAACAAAGAUAGUGGCGAGAAUGUCCCUUCCGUCGCCGCUGGCACUGCCGCUUCGCACCAGAUUCGAUUGCUGAAUUCGUCCUCCACUUCUUCGUCGUCAUUGGCUUCAUCAUUCGUCGGCAAGAAUGUAGGCCUCUCCAGCCCAACCCUGCACCACAACCAACAGGAGGAGCAGAACAGUCAGCAGCAGCAGCAGGAACAGCAGAACAACCAGCAGCGUCAGAGUUCAUCUCAGAUGACUGCUCUUGCAGAGGCGCGCUUGUUUGCUCAACAGCUGCAUCAACAACAGCAACAACAUCAGUUGCAGCAGUUGCAGCAACAACAGCUCGGCAACAACUCUUUGACCCAAUCAGGAUUGCAGAUCAACUACAGCAAUCAUAACAAUAAUCACAACAACUACAACUAUGCUGGCAGCAACAAUGGAGACUCUCGCCGCAGUAGCAUGACGGGUGCACGAUCCACUGCUGGGUCAGUCAUGAGCGGACGCUUGAGCACGCUUGGAGGAGGUGUUGGAGGAGGCACGAGCCCUGUGCUUGGCGGAGGCGUUAUCCAUUUCAGCGGAGGCGAUGAACCUACCGAACAGACGCUUCUCCUUGCCCGUCCUUACUGGGUUCCGGACCAAGACGCCGCAGCUUGUCGCAUCUGCGCGAAGGGAUUCAAUGCUGUCCGACGCAAGCAUCAUUGUCGUCAAUGUGGCCAUGUCCUGUGCUACGACUGCUGUUCUCGAAGCAUCGCUCUGCCUCAGCUGGGAUACACCAAGGCUGUGAGAGUUUGCAACGAUUGCUUCGAGGUUGCCUACCUUGUGGCCUACUGCCUUUCGGAUGAUUUGGGACCUUCCACUCAGAUUCAUGGUGCGCGUGGUAUCUAUGAGCUCAUUGCGGCCAACGAUGAGAAAGCCCUUGACAGUGUGCUCGACCAUGGAGGAUUGGAUGCCAUGAUCUAUCUCUGCAGCAUGGUUCAUGGGUACGAGCUGCACUCCCUGGCGACCUCUGCCUUGGCUGCUCUGGCUGAACACCAACCAAUUCAGAGCGUCAUCGUGUCAAAGAGGGCUAUGCCAAAGUUAUUCUACCUUGUCGCAGCCUAUGCUCAACAUAUCGUGACCUCGCCUCCCCGACCACCUUCCCCGCCCAUGUUGCUCACCCGGAUGGCUUCGACGGCUUCUUUGCAUACAAAGAGCGUCAGGCGCAUCGAGACCGUGGCAGUGGUCCUUAUGAACAUCACCCACAUUGUCUUCCAGAUGGUCCCUGACAAACUCCUUGCAAAGCAGAUGGUCAUGGAAGGCGCUAUGGAUGGGCUGAUGUUGCUCUGUGUCUACUUCCCCGCGGGAGUGCGCUCACGUGCCAUGGAGAACGCAAUCCGAUCCCUUGCUGCAGGCGCGAGACCAGACGACACUGACGUUGGUGGUAUUGAUGUGGUUGAGGAUCAUCAAUCUGGAUCGAGCGGACGUAUUCAGGACGAGGAUGAGCAACAGCGACAGGAAGAAACGACUCUGGUCUCGAUGGACGACCGUUUCCACACACGAUUGGAAAGUAUGCAGGGACUGGCUGCUAGAUGUAUUUCCGUCAUGGCGUCAGAUGUCUCGAACCAGGCGUUUAUUGUGGACGACCCUGAGAGGAUUGACCGACUGGUUCAGUUGUUGUACUCGAACAAUGGAGAUGUGGUCAAGUACGCGUCCAAGACGAUGGCGUAUCUUUCUUUGAGGAACGAUCGGUUCAAGCCAGAUAUUGUCAAGGGUUCAGGAGCGACUGCGCUGUUGACAGUCAUUCGAUCGGCUACACUUGUUGGAGGUGCUGUAGGAGUUGAUGGUAUUACUGAUGACGGAAACACAUUGUCGGAGGCAGUCUCGCAUGCCUGCUGUGCGCUUGCCAACUUGGCGACUAACACCGAGUCGCAGGAGAUCUUGAUGUCCCAGAUGGAUCUCUUGUACACGAGCUGUGCCGUUGUUGGGCUCUUCCCUCACCAGCAUGAAAUCGAACGACAUGUUGCUCGCCUCAUCGCUAACCUCGCACUCUAUGACCAAAACAAGUUGUCACUGUUGACAGAGUACAACUCGCAUUCGGACAACAACAGCGGAUCUUUCGAGCAUCCAUCAAGCCCUCAAACACAUCCCCAUCGGUAUUCAUCCCCGCCGCCCCCACCUCGCCGAGCCAAGGGCAACGUAAUCCCUACACUUCUCCGGAUCGGUGCUCUGACUUUGGAGCGGUCUCGUCAUGAGGAUGAUCAAGAGUCGGACUCGUCGGCGUACCAGCAGGGUCAGUACGGUAUCCAGGACGCGAUCGACUUUAUGAACGACGAUGGACAUUCUGCCAAGUCGGCACAACAGCACAAGGGAGACCCUGGCUACCUGACGCCCAACGAUUCUGUUUCUGAGGCUGACCUCUCUUCCGGACAUCACGACCACGAAGGUGACACCUCUUCUGCCUCGGCGGCGGCGGCUGACUCGAACGCGGAGGAUAUCCUUAAAUGGGUCACGAUCGCGGGCACCGAGGACGUUCAACGCCACAUCAUCCGGGCGAUUGACAACUUGAUGACUUCAGUGAUGGAUGACCCGGCGUCGAACCAGAGCUUUAAGGUGUUCUCGAGAAUCAAGCCUACGAUUGGGUUGAUCAAGACGAUCCAGUUGGUCAACCAGGACGAGGAUACCCAAAGGAGAGCGACUCAUGUGCUCAGUACCCUGAUUGAGCAGCAGCAGAUCCAUGCCGAGACCAUUACUGCCCUUUCCGGUAAAGGACAGAAGCAGCCACAGGUGGAGGACGAGACUCGCUUGGCGGCUGAGGCUCGGAUGGAGGGGAUUGUUGACCAGCAGCAAUUGGUUGAUCAGGAGCGAAUGGAGCGCGAGCGCGCUGAUCAGGAAUAUGCUGAGAAUGAGCGCCUUGAGAAGGAACGUCUUGAGCAAGAGCGUGUUGAGCAGCAGCGUUUGGCAGAGGAACGUGCCGAACAAGAACGUGCCACCGCCGCCGCUGCUGCCGAGGCUGCCGAGAAGGAGCGUCUUGAACUGGAGAAGAUCCUCGAGAAGGAGCGUGCUGAGCAGGAGCGUCUCGAGAAGGAACGCCUGGAGAAGGAACGUCAUGAGCAAGAGCGCCUUGAGCAGGAGCGCCUUGAGCAGGAGCGCCUUGAGCAGCAAUGUUUGGAGAAGGAGCGUGUCGAAAAAGAGUAUGCUUCCACCGCUGCCGCCGCCGCUGCUGAGAAGGAACGUAUCGAGCAGGAGAGGGCUGAGAAGAUGCGUGCCAAGCAGGAGCGUCUCGAGAAGGAGCGCCUGGAGAAUGAGCGACUUGAGCAGGAGCGUCUUGAACAGCUGCAGUUGGAGAAGGAGCGUGCUGAACAGGAGAAAGCUGAGAAGAGGCGGUUGAGGAAGGAGCGUCGUGAAGCUGAGGCUGAGCGCGAGCGCGUCGAAAAUGAGCGUUUGGAGGCUGAGAGGAAGGACCGUCUUGAGAAGAGGCGUCUUAAGGCCAAACGUCUCGAAAAGGAGCGUCUUGAGACUGAACUUCUCGAGAAAGAGCGCCUGGACGCCGAGCGCAUCGAACAGGAGCGUCUCGAGGAGGAACGUCUGGAGGCUGACCGUUUGGAGAAGAAGCGCCUUGAAGCUGAACGAUUCGAGGCCGAGCGCAUUGAGGAGGAGGAGCGUCUUGAAGCUGAGCGUGUCGAACAGGAAUGUCUCGAACAAGAACGCAUCAAGGCUGAGGAGGAGCGUCUUGAAGCUGAGUGUGUCGAACAGGAACGUCUCGAACAAGAACGCAUCAAGGCUGAGGAGGAGGAGGAAAUGAAGCGUUUGGAGAAAAAGCGGGCUGAGAAGGAACGCAUUGUGCGAGAGCGUGUUGAACAGGCUCGCCAGGAAAAGAAACGUCUCGAACAAGAGCGUAUUGAGCAGGAACAGGCUGCCCAGAUCAAGGCGGAGACUGUGGUUGAGACCGAGGCUGACAUUGAGGAGCCGACUACCCCAUUGUCGAAGAGCUCGUCGACUUUUGAGGACCUGACAAAUGCGACCAGUCAGGAUGAAGGCCCCAAGGCGAGCGAGAAAUCCAAGAAGAAGAAGAAAAGGUCGUUCAAGUAG